ACGUCAACUGAGAUUCCCGCAACAGAACAAUUUGAAGCAGUUACAUCAUCAAUUGGCAACGAUACAGCACCAGCAGAUGUAACAACACAAGUUGUUCAUACCGAGAGCCUUGCUAUAGAGAAAAUAUCAAAGCCUGUCAGUGAAGUAUCACCUACUGUUACAGUGACCACCGGAAAUGGAUCUGCUACAGAUGAUGUAAUUAGCACAACUAUUUCAACAGCUUCUGUAAUAAAUGAAACUGAAUCGUUUUCAUCUGUACCAUCUUUUAAUGAAACAACAUCGCCAUCUACAACUGAAGUUGUACAGAGCCACACAUCGGCAGAAACUGUUCCAGAUCUUAUUGAACCUGCACAGACUACCACAGAAACACAAACAGAUUCUCCCUCUCUGUUAAUAAACACCACAGAUACAAGUUUAUUAACGACAAAACAAGUAUAUAAUGACUCUACAGCCAGUGUUUCAGAUAUGGAAUCAACAACCAUCAGUGAUUCUGUGCAAGAGACUUCACCUGCUGAUAUAAUUAGUGAAACAUUCACAACAGAAACACCGGUCAAUGUUACAGAUACGAUCUAUGCUGACAACAUGACAACAGUUAAUAUGCAAGAUACGACAGAGACAAGAAAUGCAACCGAUAUAUUUAAUACAACAACAACGACGGCGACAACAACAACAACGACAACAACAACAGCAAAACCAGCUGAGGAAGCAUUCCUUGAUGAAUAUGAAGAAGCUGCAUUCAAUACAUCGUAUGUUCCGACUGCUAUAAAUAUAACUGAAGAAACAUCAGUUAUUUCGACAUCAAAUAAUACGAAACAAGGUAAAACAACGAUCACAAUUCCUAUAGCAACAACACUUUCAUCUUUAGAGACCGGAAAUGUGACAGAAACUGCAACUUUUACAACAAGUGAUGUUGUGAACAAUGUUACCGAACUCUUAAAUGAUACGAAAUCGACAAAUGUAAACAAAACAAGCGAAACAGAUGUAACUACGAGCUCGUCCGUCAUUACAGAGUCUGUGAUGGAAACUGCUUCUGUCGCCAUUGACAAUGUUACAGUCCUACCUACAUCAGUAUCAUCUAUUCCAAUAAAACAAAAUGUUACACAAACUGUUUCAACAUUAAACGAUACAACUGAAACCGAGACAGCAAAUAUAACAGAAGAGACCCAGAAGCAACCACUAGUGACAAAAUCUUUACAGACAGAUACAGUAACAGAAUAUGUCACAACUACAGUUGCACAUGAAGGUAAUGUAACAAUGAAAGUUGUCCAGCCUCAAAAUCAAACUUUGCUUUCAAACGAUAACGUCACCUCAGUUGUCCACUCGGGAAAAUCGGCUGUUCUAAAUACAACUAAGGCUUCCACGAUGACAACACAGUCCCAAGUUAUAGUCGAAUCAACCACAGUUUCUGGCUACAAUACGUCGGAUUAUUACGAUGUGUACAACGACACUGAAUAUUACUACAUCACAACUGAAAGUCCUAGUGCAACUACCAAUGCUCCAGAUAUAGCUGUCGAUGUACCUGUAGCAAACGUUACUGAUUUUAGUGCUCCAAAUGUUACAAAUGUUGUAAAAGCUACCACAAGCGGUGUGAGGACAAAUACAACUGAUACUGUAACUGCUUCAGCAACAACAGAUGUAGUCUCAACUCGAGAGGGUCAUUCAGUUACAACACUAUCAAGUCAUGUAACAAGUGAAAGUCAGACUUCAACGGAAAGAGAAACGCAGGUUCCCGAAUACGAGACGGAUUUUUCAACUAGUGCAACGUCAUCAGCGCCAUAAUGAUCAGGUUUAUAUCGAGACAACGCUAUAUCAAAAUUGUGUUGAUAUGAUAAAGGGACAAACGUGCUGAUUAUAAUUGAAAUGAUGGAAAUUGAUGCCAUAAAGGAAGCUUCGAAGCAGUUAAUCGUGCUAGUGAAAUCCGUGCGAGCAGAAAUGUCUCGUUUUGUAUUUACUGAACAACAUAUAAUGUUUGAUUGUGAAUUAAGUAAUAUGUUGUGUUGAUUUUAAUCUCAAGAAAAAAGGGUAUUAUAUUUAAACUGAGGACAAAGGAAAAUCGCACAAAGACAUACCCUUAUAAAUGUGUGUGUGGUCUUAAUGUGUCUAAAACAUUUGCUCCUGGACUCUUAAUAUUUUUGCUCAGUAGCCUAUGAGAGUCUUUUUGUGCAUGUGUAUUUCCAACAAUGUGUGAAAAAAGAAGCAAGCAGAGAAAAAAAGACUUUUGCAUUAAAACCAUUUGACCCAUUUACUGUAAAUAAUUCUACGUAAAAGCAGGAAAAAUUGAACACAUACAAAUGUUUUAAACAUUCUUAAUAAGGAAAAAUAUGUUUAUAUGUUUAAACAUUGCCUUUUUUCGUUGCUUAAUCUCAUUUAGCAUACAUUUAUGUAUACUAAAGGUUAAUAGUUUUUUACGAAAUAUGCAAUAUGCCAUAAACAAGACGUGUAACCGAACAAAAUUUACCAUAGCUAAGACGAGUAUGUAUCAUGUUCAAUGGCUCAUAAUAUUUUUUUUUUCAUAUGUACACAUGUAAAUAAACGUCAUAGUUGUAAAUAAUAUACAUAUCAUUAAUACUCGACAUGUACAUACUUUAAUAAUAUUAACUAUAUAACAAUAUUAUAUUUUAUAUAAUAUUUUUAAUAGCUAACUAAUGUCCAUAUAUUACACAAGUAAUGUAAAAUACAUGACGUCAUUGACCCUAUGUUAAGUCAAUGCGUCAAGUCACUACAGAAGUUAAAUAAAUAGGUGGCGUCACUUUGUAUAGUCAAUAGGUGACGUCACUUUAUAAUCAAUAGAUGACGUCACUUUACAAUUGGGCAUCACAAAAUCAUGUUUGUUUUUCGACAUUUUCGGGCUUUCUGAUAUGAUAUGUAAUUAACGUAUAGCAUUCAAUUAAUAUAAUUUCGUAAUUACUUGUAUUUAAUUGUCUUUGAAAUGUUUUAUUGUCGUCAUAUUGCACAAGAUGUUAGUUAAUUAUAAGCCAAUAAAAAUGACAUCAUAUAUUUAUAUACAUUAGAUAAUCAUUUAAUGUUAUAACAUUCACUUGUAUGAUAUAUCAAUAUAGCACUAACAUAUUUUAUCAGAUCUUACUUGAAAUAUGAUAUUUAAGAUAAAAACUCGUGACAACAAUGUAUAUAUUAUAUAAAUAUAUACAUUUUCGAAAAUUUCUCCAUUGGUGGUCCUGUUUGAAGGACUUUUAAUAGAAACGUAUGUUUUUGAUAAUAAAUAGCUUGAAAAUGACAUGGACUUUGCUUUGUUAUAUAUUAUAAAAUAUUAUUAAUUGUUAAUCUUUGUAAAUGAAAAUAGAUAUAUAUCUUUCACUUACUUACCUCGACUGUUUUAUUCUUUGUUUUAAAUCACAUUUAAGAGUUGUCUUAAUAAGGCAUGUACUUUGAAUGUACGUUUGUCUCUAGAAACCACUUACUGUUUAACUUACGUUUUGUAAAAUCUUUUUUAUGUUAUGGUCAUGUAUCAAUAGAGAAAAAAAGGAGGUUUAAUUUUUUAAAUCCUUAGAACCUUCGAAAUCAAUCUGAAAAGUACACAAUAUAAUUCCUUUAAAAAUGCAUUAUUUUAGCAGAUUUAAUAUUAAGAACAUUUUUAUAUAGAUAAUGGUUACUAGUAUCGUAUAAGAACAUAAAAGAAAAAAAAACCGAACAAAAACUAAAACAACAAAUAAAAAACAUACGAAUAAAAGAUAUCUUCAAAUUGUCUCCUUGCUUGCAUUAAUCAAUUAAUGCAUAAAUCAUUUCAAUUAUUACAAACUUAGAAUUACCAAUUGAGAGUUUUGUACUUGCCUUAUUCGGCUGCGAAGCAGCCUAGUCUUAUAUGAUUUUGAAUAAAAGGCAUGGUUUACUGCAAUGACACGAAUUACUUUGCGAGUCGUCAAUAAAAACAGAAGUACAUAAAAUCAUUCACAUUCAUCAGCUUUACACUUCAUAACCAACUUUAAAUUUAUGGCUUUGUCGCAAACCUUUUUUUAUUAUGGAAAGACAAUGUUUUCUUAUCUCCGUAUACAAAUAAUGAUUUGGGCAACUGUCUGUGUAUUACUUAGAUUUGAUAUCGUGGAACCAGGCUAAAUUUAAUCAUGUCUCCACCUAUUGGGAAACUGUUUCGCAUUUGAACAAAAGGCAUCGGUGUAAGAGUUGUUACAUUGCACUGUCAUGAAACAUCUGAACUUUUCAAUAUAAUAUUCAUUUUGUUGACUUUAAGAAACAAGGGAACAAGUUCGUUCUGUAGAAAUUUAUCUUUAAAUGUUUUGUAUUUUUCUUUGAGACGAUUCUGUGCGGACAUGGUUCUGAUUUCGAAACCUUAAAUAGCCGCCUUUAAUAUAGUAAAACGAGGUCACACGUGUGCUGUUUUAGUUUGGUUAGAUUUGGUAACGUUCCUGAUGCCUUUAAUGUCUUAUAUACUACUACAUUUAUGCUCAAAUUUGGUGUUGUAUCUUUAGUCAUUUGCUUAUUACAAAAAUUAUAAUCGUUUAUCGAAUAUAAUUAAUUAAUGUCCAAGGCAUUAUAAUAAACCAUCACGAGCAUCACUGUCUAUAUAUAAAUAAGUCAUAUGGUGUCGGAUACAUUACGACAUUGACUGAAGCUUACCCGUCCUGUCACAGUAUAAAAACAAACACUUAUAGUAAGGACGUAAUGCAAUUUUUGUGCCUUUAAUUUCAACAACUACGCAGAUCUAAACAGACAUUCGUCUUGGUAGCAUUUAAUUGGUGUGCAAUGCAUAGUUGGCCAUUUUACACGUGCGUAAAACCUCGCUCUUAUGUAUUUCUAGUAAAUCUUCUUCCCUGUAUCACCCUGGACUAAGAUACUCGGUGGCGGAUCUCUAUGAAGAUUACCAAAUUAUGACCCUGGCGUCAAAAUUGGUUCCGCCUGGUAACACAAAUUUUAGAAUGGAAACUGAUGGUAGAAAUAUUGUUUCCGUGAACUUACCUACAUGUAUGUAACAUUCAGAGGUCGUUUCCUUAACUUUUUCUUAUGAUGUCGUUUGUGUCAAAAUUGGCCUUGCAAUAGUAAAUAGACUUAUAUAGGGGAAACUUUGAUUUUGGGAUAAAAUUGGUGCCAAUCAGGUGUGGAUCCAGGUUUUUUAUUUUGACCAGAAGUGAUAAUAAAAUUUUGACAAGGCAAACUGGUAAUGCAAAUGGCAAUGUAGAUACCGCUACGUGUUAUGAUGCAAUGCAACUCAUUUAUUUUUCGUACUAGUAAACAUAAAGACAAUAAAAGGCAUCGUAAGCAAACGUGUAUUAGCUACACCAAGAUUUUAACAAUUUAACAAUGUAUAAAGAAACAGGAAAAGUCUAAAUUGAUCUAAAUGAACCCUCGUAUUCCAGAGGGAUUUUAAAUUUUACUAGUAUAAAAAUGAUGACCAAAAUAUGAACUAAAACUGAUUGAAAUUUAUCAGAAGUAUAUUUAAGCAGGAACCAUGCUGACAUUUAAACGCCUUGUUACCUU